GCGGAAGUUGACGUUACUCUCAUUUUUCUUGAAGGGUUUUCAUUUUGGUAGCAAUGCAGGGAUCUCCGCAGCCACAAGAGAUGCAUCGUCAGGGGCGGGAAGGGUCUAGUGAGAUGACUUCUCGUAUCGUGACAGAAAGACUAAAAAACGGGCAAUGCAUUCACUGUAGCAUCCAGACUCAUCAAGUUAAUUCCAAACGGAUGGGACUAAAGAGAGAGCUUAUUCCUUUGACCGUUCCUGGCCAGGUUGAGAAUGGUUGCUGUUUACGCGAAUCCUGUCUUCUCGCUGGCUGCAACGUGGCUGUCAGCGACCCCCGUCCUCCUAAAAUUCCCACCGCAAGAAAGUUCGCGAUGGCAACGUCUGUAGGAGGUGUGACAGGCUCUCUAUUUUCCCUGGCAGGGUUAUCUGAACUUGCAUCCUUGGCGGUACCUAUCAACGACAGCUCUAUGUCAUCAUCCGAUAGUACGAAAGUCUCUCAGACAACGCCUGACUAUCUCAAUACUCAUCUUCACCAUCAAAGUCAGAGUAGUUCAGUGCUUCGUCCUCUUGAGCAAUAUCAACUACAUGCUCCUUUGCGCCCGGAGGAAUCUCAAUCUCUUAUUCCAAGCCACAGUACUUCCGACCCUUCCGCUGGAAGCUGCUCAGUCGAAACAUUGGGCAACCAAGAUGAUGAGGGCCUUUCCCAUCCCUCGCAAGCAUUCCAAGUCUCCGUGAAUAAUCUCAAGCAUCAAUUCAAGAGCAGACGAGCUGUCCGCGAGGACACAAUGCUUCGAGGGAGAUUUGCCGAAGCUCCGGUUGGAUAUGUGACUACUGUUUUUCGAAAAUCCCAGACGGUAAAAGUGCUAUCAUGUGCGAUUCGUGCAAUUGGGUGGUCUGCGAUCAUGGGGUUUGCGCCCAGCGAGGCAACAUUUCUUGUAUGGCCUGUCCUAUGGGGCAUAUGGCGCCAUUGGCUUGUUUACCAAGCAAUCUCGCUUUCUAUUGCGAUGUGUGUUUCCAAGACAUAAAGCGUGGAUCUGAGGCAUUUGUCUCAAACGUGUCCAGGCAAAUGGAGUGCCUGUGUUCAUCACAAUGUAAGCUUUCCGCAACCGACAAAAUGCCCCCUUGGACACAAUGCUUUAAAGCAGGCCUGCCAAAGCUCUCGCUGGACCUGUGACUAUUGUUCUUCCGUAAUUAAUGUCGGUAACCCUGCCAUUCUGUGCACCCUCUGUAACUGGGUAGUCUGUGAUCAUGGCGAUUGUGCUGAGCGAGGCAACAUUUCUUGCAUGACCUGUCCUCAGGGACAUUUGGCAUCCAUAUCACGCUUGCCAAGUAAUCUCGCGUU